AUGGCGAAUCUUUGGCAGGUCACUGGAGGUCAAGGCAAAGGUGGCCUCCUCGUUCGAGAGGGCCGUGCCCUGGAUUCUUGCGAGGCACCGCGUCGUCUGACGACGGGUGCCCUGAUCGAGGAGGUGCAGCUGUUGGCAGGGCGGCUGCACUACCGGCUUUUGGCUGGCUCAGGACCAGAGGAGGGUUGGGUGAGCAUUGCAUUGAAGGGAAAAUCCCUGGCACAGCGCGUCUGUCUGCCAAGCAGAGGGGAGCUGGAGGACGCGUGUUUCCGGAAUGACGUCCAACCUAUGAAAGCGGCCACUGAAUUGGAACUGUUCCGGCUCCUGGCAGACAUGGACUUGUUGCAGACAUGCCCACCUUUCUCAGAGGCCUCAGAGGUCUACGAUGCUUCUGUGCAGCUGGUAGCGGCACCGGUGGCAGCUGGCAUGGGCCAUCAGGAGUCCAAGGAUGGCGACACCAGUGCUGGUCAGUGGCUCGCGGACGUGCAGGAGUUUGACGCCUACCGCACAGAUCCCUAUCAGCUGUUCGGAAUUCCCUACGAUGCAACAGAUGCCACCAUCAAAUCCACCUUCCGCAAGCUUUCGCUCAGGGUGCACCCAGAUCGUUGCCCAGGAGAUCCGGCUGCUGCAAGCAGGUUCCAGCAGCUCACGCAAGCGAAAGACUUCUUGCUCGAUCCCUACCAGCGUCGUGCCUUCAAUGAGGCCCACGGCUUCCUUACGCCAACGGUUAACGUGGCAUGGUGGUCAGACUGGGAGGAGAUCUAUGGCGAAAUCGAGCCCGACCAGGAGGUGGAGUCGAUCUCCAUCCCAUCCAAACUGCCAGAUCCACGGAUUGACCUUCUCAUCCUGGGAGCCACGGGUAUCACGGGCACGCUGGCCUGCAUGGUGAUGCAGCGCUCGCCGCGAGGCCGCUCUUGGGCCAUCGCUGGUCGCAGCGGGCGUAGGUUGCAGCUGCUGGAGCACAAGUUUGGGCGAGACAGCUCGUUCCAGCGCUCCUUGCGCGUUGAGAGUCGCCAAGACUUGGAGCGGGUGGUGGGAACUGCACGAGUGGUGUUAGACUGCACUGGGCCGUCUCACGAUGUUGGGGUGGCCGUGGCCCAGGCCUGUGUCAAGACCGGCACGCAUCUGAUAGACAACACGGGCGACAUUCUCUUUUCCAAGGAGGUUAAGGAUGCGCUGGACUCUUCGGCGAAGGCAGCGGGAGUGUGCCUUCUUCUUCAUGCUGGCUAUGUCUCUGUCCCCACCGACUUCGGAGUAUGGCGGCUGGUCCGUGAGAUCCGGGAAGAGCUUGGCAGUGACACCAAGAAGGUGGACGUCUAUACCUACACCCAAGGUUUUGUGAUGAGUGGCACCAGUCUACUCACUGGAACAAAGACAACAUUCAAGGACUUGAACGCGGCCGGAGCUCCCUUUGUGCUUGGAGGGGUGCGGCCGUGCGGCGUGCGGACCGAAGAUCGCGCAGAUCCACCCCACAAAGAUGAGAACUCAUCCAUGAUCGCCUACCCGGGCUUGAAUGUGGAUCGACAGGUGGUUCGAGGAACUUGCGGCUUGAUGGAGACUUUGGAACCUGAGUCACGGUACGGCCAAAACUUCCUCUUCAAGGAUUGGUUUCUGGUAGUGGACAAAAGGCCUGAAGAGAUGACUAAGCAGGAGAGCGCACAGGCCUCGCGACUGUCGGGGAUAGGCGUUAGCUUGGGCGGCGGUCUUGGUCACAGCCUGAUGGUGGAAGCCAAGAAGAUCCCACCCCCUGGCUGGGGCCCGAAGGAGAGGAUAAGACAGGAGACCUUUGUGACGAAGGUCUUCGUUGGUGUGGCAGACCUUGCAAAUGAGCCAAAGAUGCACAUUGUUAUGAAUGCAGGGCCUGGCGGCGUGGGGGACCGGUACGAGGGGACAGCCACCAUGAUGAUCGAGGCCGCGUGCUGCUUGCUGGACACGGCAGACAAAGGAGGAAACUUGCGGAGUGGAUGGGGGACACCCGUGUACCACUUGGCCCACCUGGCAUUCUUCGAUCGGCUGGUCUCGCUGGGUUUUGCCUUCCACUGCUUCCAGGGAGCUCCUACGAGUGAUUUUAUGCAGAGAGUCUUUGCGUCCACCCUUCCACUCAAAGAUGUGGCAGAGUGA